AUGACUUCUGACCUCUUUCACCGACUCCAUUGGACGCCAGCCACAUUGGCCCAAGAACCGCUCAAUUUCACGAAGGUGGUUUUUGUCGUUGACUCCCCCAGAACGCAAGAAAGCCAAAGCACGAGGCUCCUGGCUGCGUAUCAGGCUGAGCUCGUCAGUUGGGGCUACGCCACAGCCGUCAUCAACAACCCCCUUGAAAUCCAUGAUAUCCUAACGCCAGGGACGGCGACAAUUAUCGUGCACAUACCGCACGUAGCACACGGGUGUGAAGGCGUCUACGAUGCGGCUAUCGACUCAUGUGCAAGCCUGAUUGCCAUCGCACAAGAGCUUGUAUCUCGGCCUGGAACUACCACCAAGCUGUUCUCAAUAGUCGCAGACGAUGACGGCAUAAGCGAGUUGGGUCAUGCGCCUCUGACUGGCCUGGCACGGGUCCUGAGGAUGGAAAUACCGGAUCUUUUCGGCGGAUUGCUGCAGUUAGGGACCCCGAGCUGGGGCUUUCCUCUAUCAGCCAUCAAAUAUGCGCAAGGAUUUGACGUUAUCCGGGUGUGCGAUGAGGGGGAGGAAAGUGUGCCGCAGACAGCGUCACUGCAGCCGUUGGUGCUCAAUGGCGAGGGCGAAAAUGAGCUUUCAUCACAGCUCAAUUCCAACUCCACGUAUCUGAUUACAGGCGGCACGAAGGGGAUUGGAUUGGAGAUCGCAAGCUGGAUGGUCGCUCACGGCGCUCGGCAUUUGAUACUUGUGUCCCGGCACGGGUUGGAAGUAUCAGGAGCAGGAGGCGCUGCUUCUAAUCACCUCGUGGCUCGCAUCGCCGACAUGGAGGCCCAGGGUGCGAGCGUUCACGUACUGGCCAUUGACCUCGGUCUGCCGGGUGCAGCCGACACAUUACGCAAAGCGAUCGAUAGUCUACAACAGCCGGAUGUCAAGGGAGUUGUGCAUGCGGCUGGGACUGCAGGGUAUCAUACACUCAACGCCUGCACACCGACUGACAUCCAAAAUGUGUUCGCCUCGAAGGUGAGAGGAGCCCUAAGCCUAGAUGCUCUCUUUCCACCGCGCACACUGGACUUCUUCCUCCUGAUGUCGUCCGUUGGACAAUUAGUCGGGUUCCCGGGUCAGCUGUCCUACGCGCCGGCAAAUGCGUUCCUGGACGGGUUGGCGACAUGGCGAAGACGUGAGGGCGAUAAUACCACGUCGGUUCAGUGGACCAGCUGGCGCGGCGUCGGCAUGGUGGCACAGAGCAGGUCUGUAACGCGGAUGGUGAACCAGGGGAACAAAGAGCGAGGCCUGGGAGACAUGCCGAAGGAGGAGGCCCUUGAGGCCUUGGAGCACAUCCUCGCCCUUCAGACGGACAAUGUGGCAGUGGUACGCGCGUUGGAGGUCGAAGCCGAUGAGCCACCGCGGCACCCGAUUCUGAAGCACAUCACACCACGAAGGAAGCAGAAGGAAUACCGCGACUACCCAAAGCAUGCCGUGGCCGUCGUGGCCAUGGCCUGCCAGACAGCCGCGGGAGAGACCCUGGACGAGCUGUGGGAGCUGCUUCAGAGUGGUCAGAGCACGGUUCGCGAGAUCGAUGCCGUUCGAUUUGCAGACGCAGCCGGCAGUCCGAACCGUCUAUGGGGUAAUUUCUUGCCCGACAUCGAAAGGUUCGACGAAAAAUUCUUUGGGAAGUCAAGGCGCGAGGCAGCGGCCAUGGAUCCACAUCAACGACUCAUGCUUCAGAUCACCUACCACGCCGUCGAAGCGGCAGGCUGGGUUGGUGGCGAGGGAAUGUCACCGGAGACCCAUGAUCCAGCAACGAGCGGCCACAUAACGGGCUGCUUUAUCGGAAUGAACGCCCCCGACUACGUCGUAAACCUGGGCUCCCAGCCACCCUCGCCGUAUACCGGGGGUGGAAUGAUGCGCUCCUUCGUCGCCGGCCGCCUCAGUCACUAUUUCGGCUGGACCGGGCCCUCGCAUACGAUUGACACGGCCUGUUCAUCAGCCAUGGUGGCCAUUCACCAGGCCUGUCGCGCGAUUCAGGUUGGCGAGUGCACGCGUGCCAUUGCAGGCGGCGUCAACCUAAUCCCCAACACGGCCUUAUUCGACGCCCUGCGCGCAGGUGGGUUUCUCAGUGAGACUGGCGCCUGUAAGACAUUUGACGCACGUGCAGAUGGCUACUGUCGUGGCGAAGCCGUCGGCGUUGUCGUGCUGAAGCCGCUGGAAACGGCGGUCCGGGACGGGGAUGACAUCCAGGGCGUUCUUCUUUCAACGGGGAAUAACCAGAACAUCAGCAAUACCAGCAUCACGAAUCCUGUUCUCGAGAGCCAAUCCGCAUUGUACCGAGACGUGCUUGCGCGGGCAGGAGUCCACCCGCACGAUGUCUCCUAUGUCGAGGCUCACGGUACAGGCACUCGCGCUGGGGACCCCGUCGAGGUGCAAGGUAUCAGGCAGGUCUUGGGUGGACCGGAUAGGCGUUCUAUUCUGCACAUUGGCGCGGUGAAGCCAAACAUCGGCCAUUCUGAAGCAGCCUCCGGGGUGAUUUCUCUGAUAAAGGUACUACUCAUGCUCAAGCACGGGAAGAUCCCACCGCAGGCGCACUUCAGGUCGCUGAAUCCGAACAUCGCGGCUCUUGAACCGGAUCGCAUGGCUAUUCCGACGUCGCUGAGGAACUGGAGCUCCGGCGAGCGGUUGGCCGUAGUGAACAGUUACGGUGCGUCUGGCAGCAACGCCGCUGCUGUGGUUGGACCUCCAGCUGCACGCCCUUAUUCUACCAGACCAAUUCGAGACGCUGAAUUUGAAUCGUGGCCGAUCUUCCUCUCUGCCGCCUCCAAGCCCAGUCUUCUAGCAUACUGUACCAAUCUCCAGCAGUAUGUCGGCAAUGAAAGAAACGAUUUCAGCCUCGCCCAACUGGCCUUUGCUUUGACAGCCAAAGUCAAUCGACAGUUGUCUGUGACCUUCUGCACAACCGCAAAAUCACCAGUGGAUGAUCUACACGCACAGCUCGGGAGUCCCGAGAGCCAUAUCUCUAGAUCCGAAGCUCGACCCACUGUGCUGCUUAUAAGCGGUCAGAACGGAAGUAAGACGCCGGCAGUGAAGAGUCUCUAUGACAGCUCACUGCUAUUCCGCACACGGCUGCAACAAUGCGAGGAGACCAUGCUCACUCUCGGCCUGCCUAGUGUGGUUUCGAGCGUUCUCAAUGGGAACGGCGACGCCGACGGUCAUGAGGACCUCGUCCUCCGCCACGCCGCCCUGUUCUCCAUCCAGUAUGCCUGUGGCAUGGCUUGGAUUGACUCUGGGGUCACACCGCAGGCGAUCUGCGGCCACUCCUUCGGCGAAUGGGCUGCGCUGACCAUCUCGGGGGCUUUGACGCUCGAAUCUGGCAUCAAGCUUGUCACAGGCCGUGCAGCCAUUAUCGAGAAGCUGUGGGGCCCCGACACCGGGUCUAUGGUCGCAAUAGAAGCGGACCUCGUGUCGACGAACAUGACCCCAGUGCAGCAUUUGCAGUUGCUUCUUGAGAAACACCCAAACAGCCAGGUCGAGAUUGCCUGCUACAAUGGACCGAACAACUACGUGGUCGCGGGGAGCACGCAAGAGAUCGAACUUCUGGCGACGUACCUCCAAGAUCAAAAGUCCAACGUGAGGUCCCACGGGAACAGGCUCCGCUGUAAGGUCUUGCAAGGGAUGCACGCAUAUCAUUCCCAUAUGGCGGAUCCAAUCGUGAAGGCCUGUGCCGAACUAUCGGCUUCGAUUCCAUUUCAGCGCCCUACACUCCCCUUUGUUUCGUGCCAUCGCUCCGAUGACGAGGACUGGGAGCGGACGAGUGAGACGGCCGCUAUUAUUCCCCGUAACACGCGCGGGCCUGUGCAUUUUGGAGACGCCGUCCAGCGCAUUGUAACCCGUUUAGGUCCGUCGUGUACAUUUCUUGAAGCCGGAGUCGGGGGUCCCAUUACCGCUAUGGCGCAGAGCGCUCUGGCACCGGCCGAGCAUACCUUUGUCGCCAUCAAUGGUACACACCCAAGGCGAUCGUUGGCAGCUGCCACUGCCGCUCUGUGGAAGAGAGAUCGCGCCGUCCAGUUCUGGCUGUUUCAUCGUAGCCAGUCAGUGGACUAUGGGACGCCCCACGGCACCUCAUUGGAUCUCCCUCCGUAUCAGUUUGAAAAGCACCGACAUUGGACCGAAUACAAGAAGACUCGUCACUUGGAAGCCAAUGGCAGAGCCGAGCACACCGAGCAGCUUUGUCAAAACUGUCAAAAGAACGUUGCUGAUUACCCAUAUAUUGUUUGCGAAGGCUCGCCAUCCCAGCUAAGCUCGGGAUCCAAAUUCACAUUUCACAUCCACACUCGCAGCCAACGGUACCAGCAGCUGGUUAGCGGCCACGUUGUGGUGGGCAACCCCCUCUGUCCGGCGGGAAUGUACCUUGAGUUUGCCGCACACGCGGUUCUUAUGCUUAGGGGUGGGAUCGAGGACGGAGCGCAGAUCGUCAUUGGGUCGCUUGAGAUCAAAGCGCCGCUCGGUCUGGACACGACGCGCUCCGUCAAAUGCACCCUGAGCCAAAAGCAGCCAGAGACCUGGAGAUUUGAUAUAUUCUCUAUCCACGGUGAUCCAAAUGAUGACCGGCCAAUUUCCCACGGCACGGGCAUCAUCCAAUGCGGCAAGGUCAGGAUCGAUGAGGAAGUCAGCGCAGCUCACAAGUGGCCGCGCAUAUCCAACUUGCUCGAGAAUGACCCGGAUACGGAGGCUCUGCGCGGAGGAAUGGUGUACAAAGUCUUUGCGAGCAUGGCCAAAUACUCGGCUCCGUACCGAGGCCUGCGGUAUCUUGUUGGCAAGGGCUCCGAGGGUGCAGGUGAAAUCGAAAUGCCUAGAGCCCAGCUGGGGCUGGUGGCUCAGGCGCCCAACGAGAGCGUUACUGAUGCGUUGCUCGUCGACAAUUUCAUGCAAGUCGCGGGUAUUUUCGUGCACAGCCUGCGUGGCGCGGAUCCAGAGGAGGCUGACAAGACCGAUGCCACGUCGUAUAUCUGCACGGGCAUGGGAAUCGUAAGACCCCUGAAUGGGUCCCCCGGGAGCGGGGGGUAUCGCGCGUACACGAAGGUGGUGCGAGAUGACGGCCGAGUGGUAGUUCUGGAUCUGUUCGCGUUCGAUCGCAUGAGCCAGCAGAUGAUCUGGUCUGCUCAAGGUCUUAGAUUCACGAGGGUGCCUCGUAGCUCCCUGGUAAAGGCGCUGACGGGUGCCAAUGCCGUCUUGUUGGAGGAUACUCCCCAGAGACCAUCGGAGCAGGAGAUAAAACAUUCUGUGCCGGAAAAGCCAACACCCCCCAGAGGAGACGCCAUCUUGAGCGGAGUCCAGGACGUGCUGAGCAAAUGUCUCGAUGUUCCUGUCGCUGACGUGAAGAAGGAAUCGUUACUGGAGGAGCUCGGCACUGAUUCUCUUGUGAGCCCCGAAAUCCUGGUUGGCAUCGCUGGCCGAUUCGACGUCGAUCUUUCUACCAGUGACCUUGCUGCAGCGCUAGACGUGGCGUCGUUGUGUGACAUUAUUUCGUCGCGGCUGGAGGCUGGAUGUCCAGCCGACAAUGCGUCUAGACCACAAGAUCUUGAAAGAACAGAAGAUUCGCAGAACAUCGUCAUCCGGAUACUCAGCGACGCUCUUGGUCUUGACCCUGCAGAGAUUGACCUGGGUUCAAGACUCGAAGAUCUUGGUUCAGACUCUCUCAUCGCCCCGGAGAUAAUCAGCAGCCUAAAGAAGGCACUGGGUGUGGAAAUCUCGUCUGUUGACUUUGCCUCUGUUCCAGACGUGAUCUCCCUCUGCCAUCUCGUCGGGGGCAGCCCAGCGCGCAUUUCGAGUAAUUCUCUUUCUUUGUCUUCGUCCGCCUCGAAUCCCGAUACUCCAGCUUCUGAUAUGAGCCAAGAAGGCAGUUCCAAUCCAGGCUCGAUGCAUGCAGCCUUCCUCCAGGUUCGUCAAAAUUUCGAUGCUCAUGCCGGCGCCACCGGGUUCGCCGGCUAUUGGAAACAUGUAUAUCCCGACCAGCUGCGCACAGUCACCACCUUCAUCGUCGAAGCUUUCGAGAAGCUCGGCUGUCCAAUCCGCAAUUUCGAAUCUGGGCAGGCCCUCCCUGCAGUGCAGGGCACUCUUCCUAAAUACCAAAGAGAAGUCACGCGUCUCUGGCAGAUCCUCGCAGAGGGUGGAAUUGUCACUAUACAAAGACACUCCAAGAACCCUGUAUAUAUCCGGGGUGUAGCAUCCCUGGAGAAAGACCAUGACUCCGAGGAGCAGAGUACCAGGCUCUGUUCCGACUUUCCUUCCUACUCGGCUGCGCAUGGCCUUUUAGCUCUUCUGGGACCCCAUCUGGCCGAGUAUCUCACGGGAAAAAGGGAUCCCAUCCCACCGCUCUUCGCCAGCGAUCACGGUCGCCGUCUGCUGGAUGGCUUUUAUGGUCAUGGUCCGGACAUUCGCGCCGCUACUCAGCUGCUUUGCGAUUUCUUGUCCGCGGCUAUCCACUCUGCCGGUGGCGAGCCCUUCAAUGUUCUCGAGAUCGGCGCCGGCACCGGUGGUACAACCAAGCACCUCGUGCCUCUGCUCCAGGCCACUGGUCUGCCAUUCACAUAUACUUUCACGGAUCUCUCAGUCUCGCUCGUUGCGCGCGCCAAAAAGGCCGAUUUCAAGGGCGUACCGGAGAUGGAGUUCCUGAAGUUGAACGUCGAAGAAGAGCCACCGCAGGAAUUACAAGGACGAUAUCAUGCCGUAGUAUCUAGCAACUGCGUGCACGCCACCCGGGAUAUACGACAGUCCCUCCGAAAUAUCCACAAGCUUGUGCGACCGCACGAUGGCUGCGUCGUUCUUUUGGAGCUGAUUCAACAGCUCCCCUGGUAUGACCUCGUCUGGGGUCUUUUGGACGGUUGGUGGCUAUUUGACGAUGAUCGACAGUAUCCGCUGCUGACGCCAUGGGCCUGGGAGCGGACGAUGCGCGACUCGGGAUUCGCGCACGUCGACUGGUCCGAGGGCUCGAGUCGCGAGUCCAGGACGCUGCGCAUCAUUGCCGGUUUUGCGGCGCACGAUGAGCAACAGCCGUGUCCUGCAAAGGCAACCUCCAUGCUUCUUUAUCGAGGGCCGUCAUCCCGUAGUCUCUUCCUUGCUCCUGACGGUGCGGGCUACGGUACUGUCUUCAACCCCCUAGGACAGCUACUAGCCCGGAUAUCGCCGUCCAUGACCGUGUACGCGCUCAACAGCCCCUUUAUAACAGCGCAGCCCGCGCCAGGCCAUCUUCCCAGUGUCCAAGGGAUGGCUGCCAGCUACACGGCAGAGAUUAAGCGCCGGCAGCCGAAGGGGCCAUACCUGCUCGGCGGGUAUUCUUUCGGCGGGAUUGUCGCCUACGAGGCGGUGCGACAACUUCUUGAGGCCGGCGACGAGGUCGAGAAACUGAUUCUGCUGGACGUGCCGUGUCCUACCUCAUCGGCUUGUAUGUCCGACGCCUUGGUCCGGUACGUGUCCGCCAUCACCUCCCCCGGUGAUAUAUCACUGGCGCGAAAGCAGCUCGAACAGUAUCAAGUGACGAAGUUGCCGGGUCUAAACUGGCCGCAAACGGUCCUGGUCUCCGCGAGAGACGGGGUCGAUGGUACGCACGAUAAUCAAGAGGAUAGAGGAUUUAGCGUUUUGCCUGAGCACCGCAGAGUCACGGAUUGGCUUCUCAACGGUAGGACAGACGAUGGGCCGCUGGGCUGGGAGGAGCUGAUGGGUCCGGGGAAUGUGAAGGUGAUUCGCGCCGAUGGCCAUCACUACAGCAUGGUCCUUUCAUCUACUAAGAUGGACGAAUGGGUGCUGCCGCUGGUUGAGCUGCUGGAUGGGUAG